GCUUUCAUUUUUUCGGCUGUGGAGACUAAGAUGGAGGCGUUGUGGGAGUCACGGGCUGGCCACUGGGCCGGGGGGCCGGCUCCGGGGCAGUUUUACCGCGUCCCGUCCACUCCCUGCGCCCUCAUGGACCCGGCGUCCGCGCUCUGCGAGGGUCCAAUCACCCGGACCCAGAACCCCAUGGUGACUGGGACGUCGGUACUCGGGGUGAAGUUCGACUGCGGAGUGGUUAUUGCUGCAGACAUGCUGGGCUCCUACGGCUCCCUGGCUCGUUUCCGCAAUAUCUCUCGUAUUAUGCGAGUCAACGACAGCACUAUGCUGGGCGCUUCGGGAGACUACGCCGACUUCCAGUAUUUGAAGCAAGUUCUCGGCCAGAUGGUGAUUGAUGAAGAGCUGUUGGGUGAUGGACACAGCUAUAGCCCUAGAGCUAUUCAUUCAUGGUUGACAAGGGCCAUGUACAGCCGACGCUCCAAGAUGAAUCCUCUGUGGAACACCAUGGUCAUUGGAGGCUAUGCUGAUGGAGAAAGCUUCCUUGGUUAUGUGGACAUGCUUGGUGUAGCUUAUGAAGCCCCUUCACUAGCCACUGGCUAUGGCGCAUACUUGGCUCAGCCUCUGCUUCGAGAAGUUCUAGAGAAACAACCAGUGUUGAGUCAGACUGAGGCCCGAGAGCUUGUAGAACGCUGCAUGCGAGUGCUGUACUACCGAGAUGCCCGUUCAUACAAUCGGUUUCAAAUUGCCACUGUAACUGAAAAAGGUGUCGAGAUAGAAGGGCCACUGUCAGCAGAGACCAACUGGGAUAUUGCCCACAUGAUCAGUGGCUUUGAAUGAGAUACAGAUGAACUGCCCGCAGUUGAAGCUGUUCCCUUCUAUGCUUGAAUUAGCUGGCUCAAAGGUAGACUUUUAUAAAAUAAAUCAGCCCUUUGAAAUGUU